AUGUCCUCAAAAGCUAGUAAAGUCGAUAGUUUGGAGCAUGAAGCGCACCAACUGAGAAGGUAUAAGGUUGGAAGCUUCUGAAAGUUCUAUUCUUCUGACAGAACUGCUGUGGUCGGUGUUUCCAUUUCUGCAAUGGCUACAGUGAUUUGCAUCGUGACUGGUCCGAUGUUGUUCACAAAAAUGCAGCAAAUGCAGUCAAACAUGCUCGAUGAGGUUUAUUUUAUGUGUGCUUUAUUUUUCAGUCAAAUGAGAUUAGAAAUAUUCUUAUUGCGAAAACUUUUCGUCGAAUUUUCAAAGGUUUGAUUUAGGUGGAUUUCUGCAAGAUUCGAUCAAGUUAUUUUUGGAAAGAAAUCGCAAAGACUCAGGUGAGUGAAACCGAAAAUUGUACUUUUUAUCAGUUUUUAAGGUUCUUGCAAACGUUCCAGGAGUAAGAAAAACCAGAAGAGCUGGCUACGGUUUGUGGAAUUAUCCUGACGUCUCCAAUCCGAGUCUUGCUGUCGGAUAUGCCCCUCAACAGAGUGGCUGCUGUGGAUGUGGAGAGUCUCCUCAAGGUUUGCACUAUGUUUAGCAUUUCGCUUUUCGUUAAGUUUGAAAUAAUCCUGUGGAUGUUCGAUUGUUAUCACAAACGGAAAAAUCAUUUUUGACUUUCUGUCUAACACAAAAAAGUCGCUGAUGUUUACACUUUUUUGAAAAUCAACAGAUUUAGAAUUGGGUUGAACAAAAAUAAAAUUUUUUGACAAUUUUUUCUUUCAUCCGCUCUUGUGUUUGAUAGAAUUUAAAAAUGAAAAAUUGAGAAGUUCUUUGUAAUUUCAUCUUUUUGAAAAAAAGAUACGUUGAUUAGAUUAUGUUUCAAUUCCACUUUAUUUUUUUAUUUUUUCGCAUUUCCAAAAACCUAUUCCCACAAUAAACGUAGGCGAUUUGUUUUGUCUGCACAUCACUUUUACGCAUUUCUCUCCGGAUGAAACCCUCGCUCAUUUCCGCUUUCAAAUUGUUGCUCACGUGCUGAUUUCUCUGAAAGUUUGUCCAAAGCGAACACUAGGGAAGGAAAAUUCAAAAAAAAAAAAUCAAUUGGGAAAUCUACCUGAUUGGCUUCUGUGGAUUUAUACUUCAGUAGUUGAUUAAACUUCUAUGCGAUUUACCUCGUCACUUACGGUUUCAGGACCACCUGGUCUACCAGGAUCCGAUGGGAAAGAAGGCGAAGACGGCGAGCCAGGAAUGCCUGGAAGAGAUGGCCCAGAUUCUGCUCCGGCGACGCCAGCACCCCAAUUCGUGAGCUCGAAUUUCUCGCAGAAUGAAUCUAAUCGAAAAUCUCAGGAUUUCUGUUUUGAAUGUCUUCCUGCUGAAGCAGGGCUUCCUGGACCGCCAGGCCCGUCUGGAGAACGCGGACGGCCAGGAAAUCCCGGAGCUCCGGGAGAGCGAGGCGCAGAAGGCCUUCCAGGUUCUAUUGGACCAGUGGGCUUGUCUGGACCUUUAGGGCUUCCUGGAAGCCCUGGAGCUGCGGGACAACCUGGUAAAUUAGUGGAGGUAGGCUUUCUUCUUUUCUACAUUUCAUUACGGGUGUUUGAUGGAAGGAUUAACAAAUCUCCUUUUCGCAAAAAGAAACUUUCAUUUUGAGAGAAAAUUUCGAGGAAAAGCAGCUGAAGUUUCUAUGAAAUUAUACAAAAAAAAGUAUGUUUCUUUUCAUAAAAAUAGCUGAAUUUUUUUGUGGCUUCCGUGACUUUCCGAAAAUAUUCAUUCUUCCUGUUAGCUAAUUAGCAGACAAAGGACAUGUAAACAGGAAUUCUUCUUGGAAACCUUUUGCUCUGAUAGCGUUGUUGCAUGAGUACUGCAUAUUUCCACAAUCGUUAAAUUAAUGUUUUAUAGGUUCCUGGAAUCGAAGGGCCUCCAGGACCUCCAGGAAGAGCUGGACCGCCUGGAAACGAUGGUGACUUUAUAAUUUAGUUGGCUUGCGGAUAGAAAAGAUUCAGGAGAGCCCGGCAGAGAUGGAAAUCCUGGAGCUGACGGCUCGCCAGGAGACGUCGGAGAUGAUGGAACUCCAGGGAUGGAAGGAAGACCAGGAGGUCUUGGAUCUCAAGGUCCAGAUGGCCGCCCAGGAGAUUCAGGUGAAAAAGUAUUUUCUUAACGGCGUAGGCGUUUAUUUGCUCGAACGGCAUAUCUGACAAUUAGCCUUGCAUUUGGAACGACGGAAGGAAUUUUCAGGCGGCUGCGAGCAUUGUCCACCUCCGAGAACAGCUCCUGGCUACUAG